AUGAUUGCCCCCAAAUGGGCGGAAGAGCCAUCAAAUUCCUCACUUUUGUUGGGCAGAAGAGGCACCGUGUCGUGUAGUGCUAACGGAUAUCCACAACCUCAAGUGCAUUGGAUGAAGAAAGAUGCACUUCUGGGCACAUGGCAGCCAGUACUAGAACUAGCUGGUGGUGGCAUUCUGAGUCUACCCAAUGGCACUCUAAUCAUAGAAGAGGUGUCUCUGACCGACGAGGGUUUGUACUCCUGCAACGUUGAGAAUGGAGUCGGUAGUCCCCUUAGUAAAACUAUUUGGAUGAGUGUUAAUAAGCCGGUACAUUUCGAGACGACAUCAACAAAUGUGACUUCACGACUGGGACACCCAGUUACAUUAGAAUGCAAAGCACUGGGUGAUGAUCCUAUAAGGAUAUUAUGGACACAUAAUGGAAAUAUACUGGAUUUUCAAAUACACAGAGCAAAACUUUCCGAGUCAAAGACAACGCUAGGCCUGACGAGUACAAUUAACAUCCAGUAUUCGGAGACGGGAGAUGCGGGUCUAUACCAAUGCAGAGCCAACAAUCCAUACGGAACUGCUACAUUUAAUGUGUUCCUAAAUAUAUUAGAGCCCCCGACUCCGCCAUCAGAUCUGAGGGUAGAUUCAGUGCACUCGCGCUCAGCAGUCGCCUCAUGGAGGUCGGUGCGUGCGCACGCGUCGCGCUACGCUCUGCAGUACGCUCCAGCUCAUGUCGUCGAUAUUGGAUGGGAACAUGCUGUUGUUAUUAAUAUUACUAGAAAAGACAAUGACAUGCGACAAUCAGCGGAGUUACAGAACCUGCGUCCAGCAACCGCAUACGUGAUCCGCGUGGCCACAGGUAACCAGGUCGGCGUCAGCCGGUAUACCGCACCCGUGCACUUCACCACGCAUGAGGAAGCACCUUCAUCGCCGCCUAUCAACAUAGUUGUAGAGCAGACGGAUUCUCCUGGAGAACUGUUUGUAUCAUGGCUGCCUCCACCAAAGGAGUCCCAUAACGGCAUCAUUACUGGAUACCACGUGAAAGCGGUACCGCAAAAUGUACCUACGAAUUCGGAGGACAGCGAUACCAGAACUUUGAAAGUUUCACAGAAAUCUGGAAAACAGGAAACGAAAAUAAGUGGUCUAUUGAAAAAUACGAGAUAUGCAGUUUCAAUAUCAGCGUUCAACGGCGCCGGUUCUGGGCCAUUUUCAUUGCCAGUAUUCCAAGAUACUAUGGAAGGCGCCCCAGAACAUGCACCAACUUCUGUCGAAUGUACGGCGAUAUCUUCAACCUCUUUGCGCGUUGGCUGGCAGCCCAUCACACCGGGCGCCCAGGGCAGCUCCCUCAUCGGAUACACCGUACUAUAUGCUACUGAUGACAGUGCUUGGCAGAACCAAACCUCACUCCACACGGAGCUGUACCUGCAAGCUCUCAUGAAGUACACUAACUACACGGUUAAAGUGGCCGGCUACUCAAACUACGGGCCAGGGCCGUUCUCGUAUCCAAUCGUAUGUGCCACUUUGCAAGAUGUUCCCGAUCCACCAGCCGAUAUCAAAGCCUUAGUGCUAUCACCAACCUCUCUACUCGUGAGCUGGAAGCGGCCUGAGCAUCCAAAUGGAGAAUUACUCUACUACACUGUCUACGUCAAGCCAACCUCAAGCAAUGGUCCAGCACAGACACACCGCGUGGAGGCCGAGGGGCGCACGGUGGCAGAGCUGAAGGAGCUGACCACAGGCCGGACAUACGAGACCUGGCUGACGGCCAGCACCGGCGCUGGCGAGGGCCCGCCCACCAGACGCGUGUCACAUACGCCAUCACAAAGAGUCGUAGCGGGCGUAGCGUCGCUAGGCGGCGUGGUGUCAGUGGGUGUGGGCAGUUCAUUGUUGUUGGCCUGCGCCUGCGUGGGGUCUCCGCCGCCGCGCACUGUGUGGUAUCACAACCACAACAUCAUCACACAUCACCCGCGCUUCACACGGAACCAUGACGACAGUCUGCUCAUUAACAACAUCGACCAGUCUCUCGGCGGCAACUACACUUGCCUCGCUAAGAACCUGUACGGUUCAGACUCCGUGGAGUACGUGGUGACUGUGCUGCCUCUACCGGACGCGCCAGUACUCCGAGCCACGCCCUACAAAGACUCUAUACUAGUUGACUGGGAACAGCCUUACUACUCACUAGGAAAUAGGAGUCACAGUCAGAAAAUCAGUUACAGUUUAACUUGGAAAGAAGCCAGCGGUCCGUGGCAGGAAGCAUGGCCGGCAAAUAAACUCCCUAAUUUAUCUGGAGUUCAGAAAUACGCUCUUACAGGCCUCAAAUGUGGUACAAAAUAUUCGCUUAGAAUCACCGCGACUAACAAAGUUGGAACUUCACAACCUGCAUACAUCGAUGUCAGUACAUUAGGUGGAGGUCAUCGGUCCAUCAUGCUACAAGCCAUCCCAGGUCCAACUAUAUAA